GCCCCCUUGCAGCGUGCACUGAGCCACUGACCACAGAGCUCGUUGACCCUGGAGCAAGAGGCCGGCCAUGGCAGACCAAGCCAUCGUAGAGAUCUCGUGCACGAAGCUCAGUUCCGCCAUUGGCGAUGAGGCCACCAACUUCACCGGCGACCUGCAGGAAAUGCUGGACACGCUGCUGGCCAUACAGGAGGUGAUGCCGAACGCCGAGAGGGUGUUGGGCGGUUGGGAGUCGGAGCCCCGCAAGGAGUGGGCGAAGAAGGAGUGGGCGAAGAAGGUCAGGGCCGCCGCCUACGGCGUCUCCGACCUGGUGGACGAGGUUAAGUUGCAAGCAGCGAGGUCGCCGGCAGCAGGAAAGAUGACGAAGAAGGUCGACCUCCCUGCUGAGAACAAGAUGUCCGACAAGGUGAAGGAGAUCAAAGAAAACCUGAAGGGGGUACUGAAAGAAUCGAUUGAGUUCAAUGCAGUGCGUGCUCGAAGUCGCGCACCAAACCCAGUUACCACUGUCCCACCAGGUGCCACUGUAGGAAGGGAUGAAGAUAGGGGGAAGAUCCUUGCUCGCAUAUCUGCGCUCUGCGCCACCGAAGGCCCCAUCAUUCUUCUCAUCUCCGGUGAGCGAGGCGUAGGCAAGACCACAAUGGCAGAAAUGCUUUUCAACGACACCCGAUUCAGAUGCCACUCUCGGGUGUGGGUCCGUACCUCAAGCUUUUUGCACGAAAUAGGCAGGUCUGUAAUUUGCCAAGUGUCUGGGAAAGACGAGAUGAGCCAUGCUUCUGCAGAUGACGUGGACAUGAUAACGGACCGCCUCCAUGAGCUGCUCAGCGGCAUCAAGGUGCUCAUCGUUUUAGAUGACCUGUACAUGUAUGACUAUGAGUGGAAGACCUUGAAGAGGAUGUUCUCUGUAAGUGACAAGGGCAGUCAGGUGAUCGUGAUCGCAACAACAGAGCAUGAGAAGAAAGAUUCUGUGAUUCAGUCACACAGUCUAGAACCUUUGACUGAGGACAUGUGCUGCACACUCAUCAAGCAAGUUGCCAGUCGUCACUCCGAGGAUAGUAGAUCCAGUAGAGAAGAAUUGGAGCGGAUGGCACGAAAGAUUGCAAAGCUCUCCAAGGGUUUACCGUUAGCAGCUCAAUUACUUGGCCGCUUGCUACGGUUCAAGCAUUUUGAAGAAUGGCCAGCACUACUGGAUGAAAGUCUCUGGUCAACAGACAGCCCUGUUGAUCUAGCCUUGGAGUUGAGCUACAGAAGCAUGCCACCCAAUUUAAGGCUAUGCUUAGCUUAUUGCACCAUCUCACACAUGCCGCCUUUUGUAGUCAAAGAAGAUGCCAUUCAUCAAUGGAUUGCUCUCGGUCUUAUUGAGCCGUCCCACAAUACUAUUUCUGCUAUGAAGCUCGCAGAGGAGUAUAUUGGGAGGCUUUUGGACAUGUCAUUCCUUCAAACUGCAAAUUUACAACAGGAUAGUGGAGAGGAUGACACGGGUGUAGUCCUGUUCAAGAUGCACGUGAGUAUCCGUCACUUCGGACAGAAGGCUAUAGAAGCCGAGAUGGGGUAUAUACUUAGGUAUAUAGAUGAUCCAGAGUUCAACAAUGUGACCGAACACUGCCGUUAUGUAAUCAUUGAGGAAUGUGACACCUGGCCAUCCAAUUCACUAUUGCCCGCCCACAAAAUAUGCGCGAUAAAUUGUUUUUCCUGUAGCAAAAUGGAGCUAAAAGAUGAUCCAUUUUCAGUUCCCAGCUGUCUGCGUGUCUUGAAUCUAGCGAAGACCUCCAUACAGAAGCUACCACAUUCUAUCUGUCAUCUGGAGCAAUUAGGGUAUCUUAAUCUAUCAGGCUGCUCAAGACUGGUUGAUCUACCAGAAAUUUUUGGGUAUUUAAAGAAUCUGCUGCAUAUAAACCUAUCAGGCUGCUCUGAGCUGGUAAAUCUGCCUGAAUCAUUUGGAAUGCUAAAAAUUCUGCAGCACAUCAACUUAUCAGGCUGUUCUGGACUAGUAACUCUGGGUGAACCAUUUGUGAAGCUUACAAGUCUGGUGCAUAUCAACUUAUCAGGUUGCUGUGCACUGAUAAAUCUGCCAGAAUUUUUUGGGAAGCUAGUAAAUUUGAUGCACCUCAACUUAUCAGGUUGUUCUAGCCUAGUAGCUCUGCCGGGAUCAUUUGGAAAGCUGAUAAAGUUGGUGCAUAUAAGCUUAUCUGGCUGCUCUGGGCUUAAAAAACUGCCACAAUCAUUUGGGAGCCUAACGAGUUUGGUUCACAUCAACUUAUCAGGUUGCUCUAGUCUAUCAACUCUACCCAACUCUAUUGGGUAUCUAAGAAAUUUAUUGCAUAUUGAUCUGUCCCGCUGCUACGGACUAUCAAAGCUGCCAAAAUCAUUUGGGAAGCUUCAAAAAUUGGAGCAUAUUGGCUUGUCAGGUUGCUCUGGACUAGUAACUCUACCCGAAUCCUUUGGGGGUCUAAUAAAUCUGUUGCAUAUUAAUCUGUCACACUGCUCUGGACUAUCAAAGCUGCCAGAAUCAUUUAGAAACCUGAGAAAAUUGGUUUAUCUGGAUUUAUCGUUCUGGUCUUGUUUUGAAGGCAUCCAGAUAGCUCUUGGUGGCCUUACCCGUCUCCAACAUUUGAACUUGUCACACCCUUGCUGCUAUCGUGCUGACCACAUCCAUCUUGAAGGGCUAAAAGAGGUUUUUCACAAGCUUAAUAGCCUCCAGUAUUUAAACCUAUCCAUGUUGCUGAAUCCUAUCUCUUAUAACCAGUCAGAAGAGAAAAUCUGUGAAUAUAUUGAAUCUAUCAGCGGCUUGUACAGUCUAGAGCAUCUGGACUUGUCUCAUAACAUAUUUCUUCGUGAUCUACCUGAAAGUCUAGGUGACCUCUACAGGCUGCAUACACUGGACCUCUCAGGUUGCAUUAGACUGAAGAGAUUAGGAAAAUGGAUGGCUAAAAUGGACUCUCUGAAAUCAAUAAUUCUGAGGGACUGCGAGGGCUUGGAAAGCUACCAGUUUGUAGUUGGUGUUGAUGAUAGUAUAAACAAUUAUGUACAACUAGAGGAUGUAACUUCUAAAGAGUUGGAGAUAAGAUGUCUUGAGAGGAUCAAGUGUUUGGAGGAAGCGAAAAGAAUAAGAUUGGUAGAGAAACGAAAACUUCAGGAGUUGAAGCUUUGUUGGACUGUGGACCCUAAAUCUAGCACGUCUGUCAAUAAUAAUAAAUCUGAGGUCUCAGCGGAGGAGAAUAAACCAAACAGGUCCAUGGAGGAGAAUGAACAUAAGGAUUUGGUGCAAGAUAAUAAACCUGACAGAUCCGAGGAGGAGAAUAAACCGGAGGGUUUUGUGCAGGAGAAUAAGCCUGAUAAGUCCAAGGAGGAGAAUAUACUUGAUAGGUCCACAGAGGAGAAUGAACCUAAGGGUUCUACGCAUGAGAAUAAACCUAAGAGUUCUGUGCAGGAGAAUACACCUAAAAAGUCUGAGAAGGAGAGUAUACCUGAUAGGUCUGUGGAGGAGAUUGAACAUGAGGGUCCUGUGCAGGUGAAUAUAGUUAACAAGUCUAAGGAGGAGAACAUACAUGAUAAAUACGUCGAGGAGAUUAUUGAGGAUGGGGGUUCUGUACAAGAGAAUAAACCUGACAGUUCCGAGGUGGAGAAUAAACCUGACAAGUCUGUGGAGGAGAUUGUACUUGAGGAUUAUGUGCAUGAGAAUAAACUUAACAGUUCCGAGAAGGAGAAUAAACCUGGCAGAUCCCUAGAGGAGACUGUACUUGAGGGUUCUGUGCAGGAGAAUAAACCUAACAAGCCUGAGGAGGAGAAUAUUAAUAUACCUGACAAAUCUGUGGAGGAGAUUGUACGUGAGGGUUCUGAGGAGGAGAAUAAACCUGACAGGUCCGUGGAUGAGAUUGAUUGCUUCUAUGAUUACAGGCGACCUAACAGUUCCUUGAGGGAGGAUAAACCUGACGGUGUUGUUGAGGAGAAUGUUUUGCUAGGAGCACUAGUGCCACCACAAAAUCUGAAGUGCCUUGGGCUACAUGGCUAUAGCGGCGAAACCUGCCGCCCUUGCUGGUGGACCGAGGAGAGAUGUUCAGCUAAUCUCCCUAAUCUUGAGGAGGUUACCAUGGAGAACUUUCCGAGUUGCAGGACCCUACCACCAUUUGGCAUGUUACCAAACCUGAAAAUAUUAGUUCUCAAAAGGAUGGCCAGCAUCACUAGAAUCAACGCGAGUGACCUGAGUGGAAGCAAGAACAGUGAACUCGAGUGUACCAUAGAGGAUAUGCCUAGCCUGGAAGAGUUCAACACCACAUACAUCAGAGGUGAUAAAAAGUCUACGUUCUCAGAUAUUGGCAAACUGGUUGUAAAGAAUUGUCCCUUGGUGAGGUUUGGAACUCUCCCACCUAGAGCCCGGAUGUUGGUAAUAUCAGAAUGUGAGAAAGGGAUGGAUUUUUUGGGGGAAAUGCAAGAAGGACAUGAAGAGGAGGGCACUUCUUGUACCUCUGAUCCAAUAACUAAACUGGUGGUGGUCGAAAGCUGCAGCAAGCCUCUAUCCCAGUGGAGUCUUCUAAACCACCUCUCUAUUCUCCCAAGCCUAACAAUCAGGAAUUGCUCUCUCCUUAAACUAUGUUCCCUUGAUAAUGACGAUGAUAAUUCAGUACCAGAAUACUUGGGUUACCUCACCUCUCUCCCGGAACUGAAGAUCGAGUCCUGUAAAGACGUCAAUUAUCGACUUCUGCGGUGGAUCAUACAGAAACUUGCCUCGCUUAAGUCGCUGCACUUCAUUAAUUGCGAGGAUUUAAGCAAACUUCCGGAAGAGUUAGGAGAUCUCACCUCUCUUCAGACGCUUGCUUUCGAGAGAUGCCCUACGAUUGAUUCUCUCCCAGAUAGCAUAAGUAAACUCACCAACCUCAAGGAUCUGCAUAUUCCAGACUGUCGAGGAUUGAAGCGGUGGUACGAAAAAAAGGAGAACAAGAGCCGUCUCGGCCACCUCCGGAUCAAAAUAUGAGUAUGCAGUAUGCACACAGAAUGCUUCUUUUUGCAGAGUCCCUUUAAUUGCAUGAUGCAUGCUGUUCACCGUCCGGUCAUAGGCCCAUCAGGUCCUGUAGGCAGCGCUGCAUUGCACUCCUCGUUUCCUCCGGCAGUUCACACCUCUUCUUGCUUGUAGUUUUUUUUUGGGAAACCUUCUUGCUUGUAGAUUGCAUUGGUUUGGUUUCUGUAUAUAUUUGUAAGCCCUGUUACUCAAUAAAUCAAUCAACUAAUUAUCCAUGAGUAUCUUUACUA